CUCGGCUAUUCUGGAAUUACGUAUGCACAUUGCACAGCACAAGUAUUUGUAGAGACGAGAGUAUAGAAAUCCAGCGAACGAAGCUGAAGCUAAAGCUAAAGUGUGAAAAAUGGAAGCGGAACAGAAACCGGUGCCGGUGAUGAUCGUCGGAGUAGAUGACAGCGAGCAUAGCUUUUACGCACUUGAGUGGACUUUGGAUCACUUCCUAACUCCAUCUUCUCCCAAUUCUCCCUUCAAACUAAUCGUCGUUCACUCCAAGCCUUCUCCUACUUCUGCAAUCGGCUUCGCGGGUCCUGGUGCGGCGGAUGUUUUUCCGUUUGUGGAUGCGGAUUUGAAGAAGAUCGCUGCUCGAGUGGUGGAAAGGGCAAAAGAGCUUUGCCAUUCGAAAUCGGUAGAUGAUGUGAAUGUGGAAGUUGUGGAAGGCGAUGCUAGGAACGUUCUAUGUGAAGCUGUAGAGAGGCACCAUGCCACCAUAUUGGUAGUUGGUAGCCAUGGUUAUGGAGCAAUUAAAAGGGCGGUUUUGGGAAGUGUGAGUGACUAUGUUACUCAUCAUGCCCAUUGCACCGUGAUGAUAGUGAAGAAGCCCAAGACCAAACAUUGAGAGGAUUGAGCUGAACAUCAUGUCACAAAUGGUGCCUUUAUUCUUCCAAAUCUGGGCCUUCUACCAUUGUUAUUGCUUAUUUGUUAGGUUGAAGAUUUAAGAAAUUAUUGGUGUGUAUUUCCUUACUAAAACUACCUGCAACUUCAAAUAUUUGUGUAUGUAUUUUGUAUUUACACUAUAAACAUCUUAAUUAUAGUCGAUUGUCAUUAUCUUAAUAAAACCUGCUUCAGUUAAUUAA